AUAUAUAUAUAUAUACGUCUGAAGAAUAGAAGUCUUUGUUUCGAACAAGUAGCCUCCGGGAACGAAGAUGAUAUAAGAAAACGUACGGAAUCCAAAUGUAGGUUGAAAAGAAUCGCGAUCGCGCGAAGAAAGCAAUAUAUGAUAUGAGAAUAUAUUAUACACGGUCUCAACUGUUUUAAAUCGCGAAAUACCUUACGUCUAAAAAGCGAAAAUAAUUGAAGGGAAUUAUAACUAAGUUAUACCAUUGUGUGCGUAUUAAUAUACAUUGAUCGUUAACUAAGGAUUGAAGAUAAGAUUUUCUCGAGAAUAAGAUUCGUUUAAUAUUAGCUGCGUGUAAUAUUUCUUCCAACACGCAACUACAAUAACAAGAAGCCGCAGAUGAAUCUUCGCGCACACACUGUGCAUUAGUCACAUAUAAUUCGCCCCACCUACGUAGUAGUCAAACAGAUUUUUUGUUCUCGAUAAACUGAUAAUCGCGGGUGAAGAGAUAAACGGAAAGUGCGGCAGAUAGACAGUGGCGAAAGAUACUCUCAGUAGGUCAAUCAAAUCUAGUAAGUCAUGUCAUCGACGAAAAGACGUGCAACGAACGCGCUGCGUAUGUCGCGGACGCGGAUGGCCGACAUUAAAUUCAAGGAUCUGUUGUAUGAGGUUCAAGUUGGAUAUCGCAAAACCAAGAAGCAAAUCCUGAAGGGCCUGAACGGAGUCUUCAAGGCCGCGGAGCUGACGGCUAUUAUGGGACCGUCCGGUGCCGGGAAGUCCACGCUGCUGAACAUUUUGACCGGGUUUCAACAGGGAAGAUUGACGGGCACGAUCGAGUACAUCAGCGGCGAGGGUAGCCAGAAUUGGAACAGGUACAAGAAACAGUCGUGCUACAUCCAGCAGACGGACAACUUGUACGGCCUGUUCACCGUACAAGAGAGCAUGAUGUUAGUAAGCUAUUUGAAGAUCGCCAACUGUGCGACGAAAAUAUUCAGGCAGCUACUGAUCGACAACAUCCUGGACAUGUUGAAGCUAUCGACAGUGAAAGACACAAAAGUCGACCGGCUCAGCGGGGGACAGAAGAAGAGGCUGAGCAUCGCUCUGGAACUGAUUGACAAUCCGCCGAUACUGUUCUUAGAUGAACCGACUACCGGCCUGGACUCGUCGUCGUCCCUGCAAUGCAUCUCCGUGUUACAAACUCUGGCGAGGAGUGGCCGAACGGUGAUCUGCACCAUACAUCAGCCCAGCGCAGCGAUCUACCAAUUGUUCGACUAUAUUUACUUGGUGGCCGACGGUCAAUGCUUAUACGCCGGCAGGCCCGACAACACGGUGAGCUAUUUCAAACAGCAGGGUUUUCAGUGUCCCCAGUAUCACAAUCCCGCGGACUACAUUUUGGAGGUGGCCAACCGAGAGUACGGGGAUUACAACAAUCAACUAAUCGCGGCGGCCAAGAAAUAUUGCCAGAGAGAGGAGACGCCCUUGAAGGUACGCCUCAUGAGAGAAGCGUCGUUCUACGACGAGAAAACAAAGUUGAUGAUGGACCCACCCUCGGAACUGACGAAAUUCAAGAUAUUGCUAUAUCGUGGCGCCCUGAUAGUGUAUCGAGAUUGGACGGUGAGUCACAUCAAGAUAAUCUUGCACUUCCUCGUGGCAAUCCUGUUGGGUUUGCUGUUCGAGCAUUCCGGCGAGGAUGCCAGCAAAAGCAUCAGCAACCUUGGUUUCUUGUUUAUAACCGGGGUAUACUUCAUCUACACCAGCAUGAUGCCAGCUGUGUUGAAAUUCCCAUUGGAGCUGAACAUUCUGAAGAAGGAGCGCUUCAACAAUUGGUAUCAGCUGAGGACUUACUACAUAGCCACGCUGGUAAUUGCUUUACCGUUGACCAUAUUUUCCGCUUUUGUUUACUCGGGCACCUCUUACGUUCUAACUAAGCAACCUAUGGAAUGGCUCCGGUUCCUCAUGUUUGUACUCAUCAUAUCCCUAACGUGUUUCAUCUCGGAGAGCGUAGGCUUGGGUCUAGGGACAUUUUUCAAUCCCGUUAAUGGCACCUUCUUCGGCUCUGUUAUCUGUUGCGUGAUGCUGACGCUAGCCGGCUUUCUGAUAUUCUUUAAUCACAUGCCGAAGAUCUGUUAUUACAUUAGCUUUAUGAACUACUACAAAUAUAGUCUCGACGGAAUGAUACUGGCGAUUUAUGGCUUUCAACGAAAGGCAAUAUCUUGUCCGAGUAACAUCGACUAUUGUCAUUUACGAACACCGUCGUUGAUACUAGAAGAGCUGCGUAUGCACAAAUCCAUAUUCUGGAUCGACGCCGUCAUCCUGUUCGUCUGGUUCGUGGUCGUUCGGACCGUCGUUUAUGUGUCGUUAAAAAGGAGACUUUCAAAAGUGUGAUAAUCCCGUGCGUUGUUGGUGAAGCGGGCAUUAUUGUUCUAUUCUAUUUAAGCAUCCGCCAAGAUCUUCCGGCUUCCACAAGCAACGUACUGCUUUCGUACCGAAGAUGACCAGAGAAGCACGUAGACAUAAGUAUGUUCCGUAAGGUGUAUUCGCGAAAUAUGUCAGGAGAAAUUUGCGUAAUGUCAGUGUGGCUGUGACAAUAUAUCGCUUCGUAAUAAAAUUUUUCCGUCAAGAUUUAGAGGUAAAAAGGUAGUAAUAAUGCCUAAAUAUAGUAUACUCAUCUCCUCGUAGCGAGAUCUUUUCACUGAAUCUUAAAGGUAAAAGAUAGUGAUAGUUUCUAAAUAGAACCGGGACGUCGGUUGCAAUGAAAGAAAUGCUUACACAACUUAUGUGCAGCAGGAAGUAAAAGUAACGUUUAUAAUUGAGUUGGUUUUUCUAACUCGAUUUGAUGCAAACUAGCGGGUAAGAUACGGAGGACGGUUGUAGAAAGUGAACUAUGACAUUGUGGACGCCAAGUGCGCGACGAUACUUUCACGCUCGUGCUCGAUGAGGCACGUGCUGGAGACGAUAAUGGACGUAUCAUCAUGAGUAUUUCACGCUAAUGUAAUUAAAUAGAUGAAAAAAUUCGAAUGCAUUUUACUGAUUUGUAAUCCUCCUUGAACUUUAUACUAAUAAUCAUGAUUUUUUUUCCGGAAUUUCCAUGUUUUUUUUAGAUCAAAUUUAUUAACGGUGCCUGAAUGACUGCAGCUCAUGAAAGUAUUCAAUAGGACCUCUAGCUAAUUUUUUAAACAUACUACCUCUCCAAUAUUUCUUGUGCACAGCUACAUAGGUAUAUAUCAUACAUUAUGCAAAAACGGUUUCCGCGAACUGCACUUAUAAAGUUUCCUUUCAAUUUGCUUCUCUGAUUAUGAGUAGUAUGCAAAUAAAUUUAUAUGCGCGAUAUUACAAGUUGUUGAAAUAAAUAUUUACUCAAGAAUAUGCAUAAAUAAAGCACAUAAGUACGUA